GUGCCCGCUGCAGGGCUUGGGGACAGCAUGGACAUCCGGAGGAGGGACAGGAAAGUGUGACCGGCAGCGUGCGAGAAGGGAAAGGCAGGAUCCAACCGGACAGCCCCAUAAAAACCUCCUGCAUCCGGGCCGAGGAGAUCACACAACGGGACUGCAGGCUUUGGGGACACACUGGUAGCCACCAUCGGGGCUGGGUGGCUUUGGCAGGUGGCUCUGCCCCAGGAAGGGGAGGAGGCUGCGGCACUCCCAGCCCGGUUGGCGGCCGCGAUGCUCCAGUCCCAGUUCAACCCGGCGGCCGUGCAGGCAGUGAGGGCAACCGGCUUGGCGAGGAGAUGGAGGAGGACAACAGGACGGAGCAGUGGCACCGCAGCCUCCAAGCAAUGCUGGAUGCCUUGAACCAAACCAUACACGGGGCCAUCCUCCGCCCCAGCACCCCUCACAAUGCCAGCACCCGUGCCAGCCGGGAUGACAAUUCCUACCUGUACAUCCUCUUCGUCAUGACGCUCUUCGCAGCCACCGUGGGCAGCCUCAUCCUGGGCUACACCCGAUCCCGAAAGGUGGACAAGCGCAGCGAUCCGUACCACGUCUACAUCAAGAAUAGGGUCUCCAUGAUCUGAGCCCGGUGCCUCCUGCGGAAAGAACCCCCCGGUGCCGAGCCCUGGUGUGAGGCAGGAGCACCGGUGUCACCUGCAGGCAGGUCCCGGUGCUACGGAACCAUCACAGCUGGGGACGUGGGGGUGGUGGAGAUGGUUACUUUCGCACUGUUCUCAUGACUUAGUGAGGCUGGCACAGGCUGUAAAGGAGGAAAAUUCCCUGCUCAGACCACCAGCAUCACGUCCAAAGCACACUCUACACUGCUUAGCGUGGGUUUUUCUGUGGCUAAAAGCUGUGAUUUCAGAGCCAGGCUGAGCCCCGAGCUUCACUGGUGGGGAAUUAAAGGAGGUGGUGGUUCUUGA